UUUAUCCCAGCACGGAUGCCGUGUCCUCACCCCCAUGACCCUGGGCUGAGCUGGCUGUCCCUCAUGUGGGGCUGCCGCCGCUUCAGAGAGCCGAUGUCACAGGAGCGCGGCGGGCGGGAGCGGCCGGAGAGUCACGAAGAAGAUGACAGAAAAGUAAGGAGAAGAGAAAAAAAUCGAGUUGCUGCACAGAGGAGCCGGAAGAAGCAAACUCAGAAAGCAGAUAAACUUCACGAGGAAUAUGAGUCUCUCGAGCAAGAAAAUACCUCCCUGAAAAGAGAAAUUGGAAAGCUAACAGAUGAAAUGAAACACUUGAGUGAAGUGUUGAAGGAUCAUGAAAAGAUCUGUCCACUAUUGCACUGCACCAUGAACUUCGUGACCAUACCAAGGCCUGAUGCACUUGCCAGCUGCCUACCCAGAUGAGUGCUCUCCUCAAUCACCUCUAAAUGUGAUGUGUGAAAGUGCCAUUAACAGGAGUUUUGAAGAACUGCCCACUUAGUGUGCAGCUCUUCCAUUGAGCAGGGCUGGACUGACCAUGCAGCUCUUCUCCACUUUGAAAUGUCACAGUCUUCUGAAUCUCAGGAAAACACCAGAAUGGAAAAAAAAAGACAAUUUGAACAGCAGCUUCUAACUUGGUAGACUCUUCAAGUCACGGUUUUGCCUUCAGAAAUGUCUAAGUGCCGUGCAGCCCACUGUGGAGCAAUGGAAUGUAGACAGGGAAAAGUACCGACCUCAGACUGGGAUGCCUUUCUCCCACACAUCCACUGCCAGUAACCCUUUGUCACUUGUCACCCAUGUAUGUCAUGAUCUGGCUGCUGGGUUUUAUCUCUCUAAACAGGUUUGGUUAAUAAAAGUGAUAUCUUUAUAAUGCUCUCCACCUUCUUCAAUAAUCAAUGUCUUUUAUAGCAUUUCUGCUUUUCAUUUGCUGGUCAAUGCCAAAGUCUAAUGCUAAUCUUCCUGUAAGUUGUUCUGUUAUUUACUUAUCACCUCUUCAUUGGUUCCUCUUUUGAAGUGUGUGUAACAAAAGAGUUUUUUCUUAGUCCUUAAUAUUCCAAAUCAUCAGCCCUGCUGGCAUUAGUCCUUGGAGCAUUUUAUAUCCUAAAAUAUGGCUUGGCCAGUUUCUGAUGGUGAUUGCUCUGUGUGGAAGGAAAACAAGCAGAGUUAGAUGAUUUUAAACAUUGUUUUAAAAAGCAGAUUUUAAAAUUUAUUCUUUUAAUGCACUCACUGGAAAUGAACAAAUAUCUUCAUCCUUCCUUCGUCUUGCUUAUUGCCUCUGGAAGAUUAUGUCUGUGGAUUGAGUUUUGCUAAGCAUUUUGUUCUACAUCCACGCUGAAGUUGUCUGAUAAUUGUUUGAAAGAAAAACAUUCUGUUUUCUAUAACUUUUUCUUUUUAGUUACAAAAAGGAAGUAUGAUUGCAAUGUUACUGAGAAAUAGACAGAAAAAUGUGUUUACUUUCUCUGAAGAUUCCUAGUAGUGUCAGCCUCUAGAAAUGUGGAUGCUGUAGCUUGGGAUCCAGCAAAGAGUCUUUUUCUCACAGUAUUUCCCAGUCAAAGAGCACCUUUGGAUAAUAAAAAUUUCCUCCCCAUUGCCAACUCUC